AUGGACCAUAUGGUGCUGGGGGUGGUUGGACACGGCUUUUGUGGGCCACAUAGGAUACGAGCUGUAAUCUUUGGGGUCUGGUCGCGUUGUGCGCUGAAAGUUCUUCAACAAUUCCUGCACCAUGAGGAAGACUCUGGGCAAAGCCUUCCACAGCUCAGCCUACGCAACGGUCACAACUAUGGCUCCUGCGCGCAGCUCAUAAGAAGGAAGAUCUGCAUGCACUGUAAGUGUCGCUGUGAGGAGCAUGCAGUGAGCAGAAUGCCUGUGGAGAUGGAGAAGACGGUCACAAAGCUUAUGUACGACUUCCAGAGGAACUCCACCUCGGACGAUGACUCGGGGUGUGCUCUGGAGGAGUACGCCUGGGUCCCACCAGGACUCAAACCGGAGCAGGUCCACCAGUACUACAGCUCCCUGCCCGAGGACAAAGUGCCGUAUGUGAACAGCCCAGGAGAGAAGUACCGCAUCAAACAGCUGCUCCAUCAGUUACCCCCCCAUGACAACGAGUUGCGCUACUGCAACAGUCUGGACGAUGAAGAAAAACGGGAGUUGAAGCUCUUCAGUAACCAGCGCAAACGUGAGAACCUGGGCCGCGGGAACGUCCGGCCUUUCCCUGUCACCAUGAGCGGGGCCAUCUGUGAGCAGGUGGGUCUGGGGUUCUACCUCUGUGAGCAGGGGGUGUCGAAGUGUGUCGGGGGGUGUCAGAGUGUGUCGGGGGGGGUGUCAGAGUGUGUCGGGGGGUGUCAGAGUGUGUCGGGGGGGUGUCAGAGUGUGUCGGGGGGUGUCAGAGUGUGUCGGGGGUGUUUCGGGGGGGUGUCGGAGUGUGUCGGGGGUGUCGGAGUGUGUCGGGGGGUUUCGGAGUGUGUCGGGGGGUGUCAGAGUGUGUCGGGGGGGUGUCAGAGUGUGUCGGGGGGGUGUCAGAGUGUGUCGGGGGGGUGUCAGAGUGUGUCGGGGGGGUGUCAGAGUGUGUCGGGGGGGUGUCAGAGUGUGUCGGGGGGGUGCCAGAGUGUGUCGGGGGGGGGGGGGGGGGGGUCAGAGUGUGUCGGAGUGUGUCGGGGGGUGUCAGAGUGUGUCGGGGGGGUGUCAGAGUGUGUCGGGGGGGUGUCAGAGUGUGUCGGGGGGGUGUCAGAGUGUGUCGGGGGGCUGUCAGAGUGUGUCGGGGGAGUGUCAGAGUGUUGGGGGAGUGUCAGAGUGUGUCGGGGGGUGUCAGAGUGUGUUGGGGGGGUGUCAGAGUGUUUUGGGGGGGUGUCGGGGGGUGUCAGAGUGUGUCGUCAGAGUGUGUCGGGGGGUGUCAGAGUGUGUCGGGGGGUGUCAGUGUGUCGGGGGGGUGUCAGUGUGUCGGGGGGUUUCAGAGAGUGUCGGGGGGUGUCAGAGUGUGGGGGGGUGUCAGGGUAUACAUCCUGCUGUAAUUGUGGUGGGCAGAUCAGUGGCGGGGACAUUGCGGUGUUCUCCUCUCGGGCCGGCCACAGCGUCUGCUGGCACCCGGCCUGCUUCGUCUGCAGCCUGUGCAAGGAGCUCCUGGUGGAUCUCAUCUACUUUUACCACGAGGGAAAGAUCUACUGUGGGCGACACCACGCGGAGAGACUGAAGCCGCGCUGCACGGCCUGUGACGAGAUCAUAUUUGCGGAUGAAUGCACGGAGGCAGAAGGCCGCCACUGGCACAUGAAGCACUUCUGCUGCUUCGAGUGUGAGACGGUGCUCGGCGGACAGCGCUACAUCAUGAAGGAGGGCCGGCCCUACUGCUGCUCCUGCUUCGAGUCGCUCUACGCCGAGUACUGCGACUGCUGCGGGGAACACAUCGGGAUUGAUCAAGGCCAGAUGACGUACGAUGGUCAGCACUGGCAUGCUACUGAGGGCUGCUUCUGCUGUGCCCGCUGUCGGCGCUCUCUCCUGGGACGGCCUUUUCUGCCCAAACAGGGCCAGAUCUUCUGCUCUCGCGCCUGCAGCCUUGGGGACGAGACUAACGGCUCUGAUUCUUCAGACUCAGCUUUCCAAAGCACUCGCUCCACACGAGAGUCCAGGCGCAGCUCAAAGGCGGGGAAGAGCGGAGGCGAGGGAGGGGGACUGGUCGAUAGAUUCUCUGGUGAAGUAGACCCUCUGUCUUUACAAAUGGACCUCCUCAGUCUCUCCAGCCAAACGCCCAGUUUGAAUCGGGAGCCUCCUGCUUGGAAGAAGCAGGAGCAGCUGUGUCAAAGCUAUGCGUACGAGGCACAGGCAGAGAUGGUCGCCAAACCCACUCCUCUGGAGCUCCUCAGCCAGUGCAAUGUCAGGACUACGUAUAACAGCAGCCAGCAGGAGCACAGGAAGCCCCUGCUCUCAGCCUUGAAGGGCCAUUCUCUAAACGAGGGCUGGUUUUCAGGAGCAGCCGAUGAGUACCACCUGCCGAAACUCUGCUCUCAGAAGAGCUUCACAGAGGUGUCUCAGUGCACUCAGCACCACUCUGGCUUCUCCGCAGACAAGCGCUCCGUCAGUCUGCACGGCUUCCAGCGCGACAGAGAGCCUCAUUCUGCUGCCGUGGCCCGCAGCAGGAACCCAAUCAACGCACUUACCUUCACUGAGCACCUCACGCCGCUUGAGCAGACGCCCCGAGGCUCCAUGGAAUCUAUUGGAAUUCCUAAAAGUAUCAGUAAUCCAUCUGAAGGAGCGGCGAAGCACCAGGAGCAGCUCUCGCGCUUCUCGAUGCCAGACCUGAGCAAAGACUCUGGAGUGAACUCUGACAAGAGCAACAUGAACACAUUGAACUCCUCUGUGCAGUUCCGCAGCUCUGAGUCCUUGCACAGCCUCACAGCAGGACAGGCCUACCUGGAGAUGGAGUCCCCCCACCCUCCAUCGUACCAGGGCCAGUACUGUGAGGGCCCCAUGGCCGGGGGCUGCAGCAGGGCUCAUGUCCCUCCUGGCUUUACCUUCCAGGAGGAAGACCGGGUCGGUUUAGUGAGCAGCGCUAACGCAGCACGCCUGCCCCCCAUCAGCGAGCGAAGGGUCAGUGCUGCGGCCGGAGGGAGGGGGUUCAGGAUGGACGCUCAAGAGGACACUCCACAGAGACGCAGGCACCACCACCGGCCCCGUCGCUCCCGUCGCUCUCGCUCAGAAAACGCCCUGAACCUGGCGUGUGAGCGCAGGCCGCAGCCUCAGGAGCGCCCUCAGCUGAGGGUGCAAGAGGACUACGACCGCUUCUCUGCAGCGCGGGGCCGGGAUCAGUACGGUGCCUCUGGGAGGUCCCAGCCCCAGCCCUUCAGACCCUGUCCCAGGACCACCUCUGACCUGUGCCUGCAGAACCCUCACAUGCGCCACUCGGGACUGAACCAGUUUUCAUGGGACGACUACGACGACGACUGCUGCUCCACCUGCUCCUCCUCCUCAGAGUCCGAGGACGAGGGAUACUUCCUGGGCGAGCCCAUCCCCAGACCUGUGCACAUGCGUUACCGUAGCAACCAAGAGCUCGGCCACAAGUAUAACGCUGGAGGAGCCAGUCGGAGCACACAGAUGCACUCCCGCAGGAAGAAGGUGACGCCUGUGUCCAGAGGUGACGCCUGUGUCCAGAGGUGA